AACCUUAUAUAUAACCACACAAUUUUUCUAAAAACUAGAUAGUUAUAUUUUUAAACCGUGGUUUAACAAUGCUAAACGGUCAAUAUUGAUCGUUUAAAUUAAACUGGAUUUACAUACGUUUAAACGUGAGUUUAUUAUUAGUAGAAACCAACAUUUUGCUAAACUUUGGUUAACCGAAUGUCACUAGGGAUUAACUUUUAAACCGCGUUGGUAGAAAUGGGCAUUAGAAAUAUUAAGUAUAAAUGCCAGAUUUUCGGGAACGGUCCAUGAUAGUUUUAUAUGGUGUGACGUGGCGCGUCCGGCCGCGCUUGUCACAAGGGCGUAAGUCCAACCGAGGGGGUCGGUUUGGGGCUCCUCCUCGCCGUGCCGAGGGGGGACGCAACUUUAUUUCACUUAUUUUCUUUUUUUUGUUUUCGUGGUACCGCAUUAGGAUAUUUAGGAUUAAGGCGCCGAGUGAGGGCUCAAUUUUUAUUGUACAAAGAACGGAAAAGGAGCAGCCGUCGGGGGAAUAGUAUCGCGAGUAAGCGACAGUAGGCGGGGUGCCCCGCCAAGAGUUUCCCCGCCGAGCCGUGCGUCGAGCCCCGCUGCUUGUUACCGCCCUGAGCCGCAAGGAUACCGUUGCCGCAAGUAAACCGUGGCAGCUAGGAUACCGCAUGGCGACAUAAAAGAUUUUUGGAAGGAAUCACGCCGAGCGCACGCCACCGGGCUGCAGACCGGGGGAGCGACCGUUAAACUGUCAACCGCCCGCCACCCAGAUCAGUUCGGUCACGGCAUGGCCAGCCGGGCCAACCGAAAACAGCAGAGCUAGAGCACUCUCAUCGGCGGAAGUCGUCACGCGCGGACCACGAGACAUUGGGAGAGGCUAUGCGGCGCAGCAUGGGAUCGAGGCGUGCGAUCGACCGAAAAUCGAAGUACGCGCAUGCGCGGCGGCUCGGGCCGGCCGGCGCGGGACCGGGGUUCCUCACUGUUCGGCAAGCCGUGUCAGCAUACGUGUCGACUAGGACGAGCCCCAGGAUACCGAGAGUUACCGCUAAGGACUUCGAAGACCAGGACACCGUUCACUUUGUAAGGCCAUCACUCGGCAGCCAUCGAUACGUAAGGUUCGGAUAAGGCGGUCAACCCUCGUGCGGGACCGGAUACCGUUUGUAAUUGUGAUAGCGGGCAUCCGGAAUCCGAUACCGUUGGUGUUAUUGUUUUAGUGUAGAAUAACUCGAAGCAAAGAGUAGAGUUUUGUGGCCGCACGAGGGCUCGGACCGACCGGCCCCGAAUAUUUGAUAACGUGAGUACGUCCCUCUCGGACUACGCCGGUGCCGACAGUCAUAGUUAUAUUAGAAUCAUUAUUACCGCGAAUUGUUUCUGCAAUUAAUAAUUUUGUCUCUGUUCGAGCGGAGAGCCUCGCCGGCCUCCCGCCUCGUAUUAUCCAUUCUAUAGUUUCCGCAUUUUUGUGUCUAUCAUUCGUUUCCGUCUGUCAAAGUUAUAUCCGUGAAUUAAUUGUGUGCAUACGCUUUGAGUAAGCUCAUUGUUGCAUUGUUACCGUUUUCACUAUCACUAAAGAAAUACAAUAUGACUCUUUAAUUGUUUAACAAGUUGAGUACCGAAUCUUUCUACGACCUGCCUCGAUCCGACAUCUCCACACUUUCCGUCUCAAUGAAAACCACGCCACUCUACGUCUCGAGUAAAAGAGCUACCGGCACUUGUAACGCUUUCUAGUUGGUUACCGCAUUAUCGUUGAUUAUUGUGUGGCGCGAGAAGUCGCGCCUGGCGCCCAAAAAUUUAGAGUAUUGGGAAGAUACAGUUCUUGCAAAUUACCGCUAUCGUAUUAAGAGCAAUCUCGAUCGAUAUUGGGGGAUACCGUAUACAAGUUACCGCUAUCGUGUCGAGAGCAAUCUCGCCCGAUAUUUGGGAGAUACCGUAUGCAAGUUACCGUUAUUGCUUCGAGAGCAGUCUCGAGCGAUUGGGGGGAUACCGUACGCAAGUUACCGAUAUCAUAUCGAGAGCAGUCUCGAGGAAUACUGAAGCUACCGUUCUCGUAAAUUAUCGAAUCUAACUAGGAGAGCGUUACUCGUUACCGUCUAUAAAGAGAUUUCCGUUUAAUUGGGCGUAGCCCCCUCGGACCUGGCGUUCCCGGGGGAAAGCAACGUCGCAAUGGAGACACUCUGCUGUACGAGAUGAAAUGAUACAUCUAUAGGAUACGUCUAUAUAAUUUUGUUGAUCGAUCAACAUGGCUUUUAGAUAAUUUUAUCGUUAAUAUUAAUUUAAUAUACAUACCUAUACUUACAGAAAUUUAUAAUUGUUUUUUAUAUAGGUGAUGCAGGUUACAGUUUGGAACCUUGGCUUAUAACUCCAAUCACAAAUGCUCCUGAAGGGAAUGCAGAAGCGCGAUAUACACAAUAUCAUACCUCUACAAGAAAUUGUAUAGAGAGUAUGUUUGGAGUUUUAAAAAGUGUAUGGAAAUGUUUUUUAAGUCGUCGCGUACUUCAUUACAGUCCUAUUAUGGCAGCAAAGAUAAUAAUAACUUGUGCUGUAUUGCACAAUAUGCGAUUUCGUCAUAAUCUUAUGGAUAGAGAAUUUGAUAUUGAUGAAGAAGGUGAAGCCGUAGCUUUGAUAAGAGCUAGAUUGCCAGGUAAUCUUUUAGCACGUGAACGUGUUAGACUACGAGCUGGAGAAAUAAAUGGAGCAGAUAAAGCGCAUUUUAAUCACGGUGAAAGAUUAACAGAAGCAAGAAGAAUACAAAUAAAUAUUCUUCAAACGCAACUUGGCUUACGUCAAGAAGAUUAAUGAUAUGUAAAUAUGUAUAAAAUAUCUGUGUCACCUAUAUGUAUUGUAUACAUGUGUUCUUAAAAAAUUUUUAUUAAUUGUAUAUAAUUAUACAUAUAUAUAUAAUUGUCUACCUUUUUGGUAUGUAAAAAAAUAUAACAUUUAAUUUCUUUAGUAUUUCAAUACUUGUACAUUGUCACGAAAAAAAGUUCCGGAAAAAAAGAGAUCGGACACAACGCGGAUCCGCGGCGUUCGCUCAGGCAAGGAUGAGAAGAGAGAAAAAAACGUGUAUCAAGUGGAAGAAAAUAAAAACUGUUUUUAUUUAAGACAGUUCCGUUUAAUUUUGACUGGCAAAAUACAAGGGGGGAUUCGCGAACGUAGCCGCUUGCAAAUGUCGGCGCGUAGCACGCGCGACAACGAGAGGAGAAAAAAAGGCGCGCUUUUUUCCCCUGAGACAGAAUUGCGUUCUGUACUCUACGACGGUCUAGCGAGUCACUGCCUUCGCAAGCAACGGACGAGCCUUGUCUCCUCGAACCUCCGGAGGAGUCGAUCACACAAAGAUCUGACUAAGUAGCACGGAGUGAACACGACUCCUCCAGAAGGUCGAGAUGUUGACAACAGGUCCCCGCGUACCAUCGAUCUCACGCGGCUCGCCAGUGACAUUCACGAAUCGCGGAGGCCGCCGAGCAAAAUAUUGAGGGCUUUGGCUUGCCGCUAGCGAGAGCGCGAGCGCCCGAUACUUCACGUUAUUUGCGCUUAUUUUCGAAACAUCCCGCCCACCUCGUCGUAGACGACCGCGGCAGGGCGCUGUGAUUGCUCUUCAACGAGGCGGGAAUCGCGACGAGCGGGAUGCCGAUCUUGACUUAGCCUGACCCACGGAGUCGCGAUCAGCUGAUCGGCAUGCGACCGCACCGGCGAUGAAACACGUGCGCGUGACAAGAUCAAGCGAAUGACGGAUCCUCAUUGCGGUGUCAGGUAAGUAAGGACUUCUACUCGAAGAAAAAAAAACAACGAAACAUUUUCAUAAUUAAAAGGUAAAUUUUAACAAAGGUAUCGAAUAGGAAUUGUUAAUGUCAAAUUAAUCGUUAUCGUUCGAAAUGUUAUGUACGGAAACUAGGUCACGAGUUGACACGGAUUUAGAAAAAAAAUGAGAAGGAAACUAUUCAAGAGCGGCAUCGGCAGCAGGCAGCGGCACAAUCUUCACGGUGGGCCUGGUGAGCGUCCCAGCAGGUGUCCGCACGUCAACGAUCCGGAUCUGCCCGUCGUCGCCAGGAUACAGGCGCACGAUUCGCGCCAGCGGCCAGCGGGUUGGUGGUGUCGUCUCGCUCCGGAGGAGGCACAGCUGACCCUCCUUCAAGUUCGGCUCCUGCAAGUAUUCCUGCGUCCACCGCUGCCACAGGUGGUCACGCAUAGCCUGAAGCAGCCGCCAGCGGUUGGCUGGCACCUCGGUCAACGCAGGCUCGCGGAUGGCGUUCAGCGGGCCGCCCACCAGGAAAUGUCCAGGGGUGAAAGCCCCAAGGUCGUCAGGAUCGUCCGUCAAGGCCUGGAGCGGCCGGGAGUUGAGGCACGCCUCUACCUCAGCCAGGAACGUCGACAUUUCCUCGAAGGCUCCCCAAUAUACGAUGGACCUGGCUGGUUCGAAGAGGGCGCGGAGCUGCGAGUCCGCGCCGACAAAGUUGGUGCCACAGUCGCUGUAGACAGCCCGGCACAGACCCCGACGAGAUACGAAGCGGCGGAAGACCGCCAGGAAGGCAUCUGCUGUGUAGUCGCUCACCACCUCCAGGUGAAUCGCCCGGGAACUAAAACAAACAAACACGGCCAGGAACGCCUUGUACGCUUUAUGGCCGCGACCCCGGCUGGUCCGGAGCUGCACCGGGCCAGCGAAGUCCACUCCAGUGCACAGGAAGUGACGUCCAGGCGUGACUCGCGCUCGGGGCAGACUGCCCAUCAUAGGCUGCGGGGUCGCCGCCCGCUAUCGGGCGCAGCGCGUACAACGAUGAAUGUAACGUCUCACGAGCUGUCGUCCCCGGGGAUCCAGUACUGCUGUUGGAUCGCUGCCAGCGUCGCCUGAGUGCCGCCGUGAAGUGUUCGUCGAUGGUUAUCAUCGACUACCAGCAAGGUUAGGUGGGAUUCCAGAGGCAGGAUUACCGGAUGUCGCUGCUCCACGUCGAGCAACGAAUGCUUUAGGCGGCCACUCACGCGUAAGAUUCCACGGGAGUCCACCAACGGGCCGAGACGCCGGAGCGAGCUCCCAGCGUGGAGCGCUCGAUCCGCAGCAAUGGCCGCGAGCUCCAGUAGGAAGGCACCGCCUUGUACCACCCUGAGCCAGCACUCCAAGGCCAUGCGCAACUCCUCGACGCUUAAGGGGGCAGAUCCCACCAGCGAUUCCGCGGCCCUGAUCACGCGAAGCCGAGACCAUCGACGCAUCCAAGCCGUGACGCGCAGCAGUCUCCGCAGCGAAGAAAAACGAGUGAGCUCUUCCAGUUCGGACGCCCUCGAGGUCGCGAGACACGGGAGCGGUCGUCGCUCCGGAAGGUCGCUCAGGGUCAACGGUUCCGGCUCCCCCGGCCACCGCGAAGCAUCCCCGCGCAGGAAGUCUGGCCCGUCCCACCACAACGUGUGAGAGAGCAGUUCUCGGGGGGGGGGGGCAUCCCGCGAGAAGCGCAGUCCGCGGGGUUGAUCCGGCCAGGUGAACAGGCACGUCCGACAGGUCCAAGGUCGACCGCACGUGAGCGACCAGUCCAGCGAGAAGAGCGGCCCCGCAGAGUUCCAGACAAGGCACGCGCCUCAGCGGAGCCACCCUGGUCUUUGCAGAUACGAGGAAGACAGACGUCUCCCCGUCCGACGACGAGCGAAGGUACACCACCGCGGCGUACGCUCUCUUCGACGCGUCGGAGAAGCCAUGGAGCUCGAUCCGCGCCGCGGGAUCAUCGCCUCGAAACCAUCGGGGCACCCGCAGUGCCUCCAGAUCAUGGAGCUCGGCCUCGAGCCGAGACCAGGCAGCGGCCUCGGUCGCGGCCAAGGAGGUGUCCCAAUCCAGCUGCUGCAACCAGGUCGUCUGGAUCAGCAGUUUGGCGAGGACGGUGACCGACGCCAACCACCUCAGAGGGUCAAACAGCCGCGCCGAGGCAGACAGCAGCGACCGCUUCGUAGGCACCAUCGACGGGGGGCGCCGGACGAUAAGUGAAAAGCAGUCGCUCUCCGGAUUCCAAUGAAGAUCCAGCACCGAAUGUUCAGCAACCGGCAAGAAGUCAUCCGCUGCACGCGGACUUCGGUGCUCAACGGAUACGUCAUCCAGAAGCGCGGCGCAGUUGGCGGUCCUUUUUUGCAGGAGAAAACCGCCCACCGUGCACAGCGACAUUCACGAAUCGCGGAGGCCGCCGAUUCGAGCAAAAUAUUGAGGGCUCGGCUUGCCGCUAGCGAGAGCGCGAGCGCCCGAUACUUCACGUUAUUUGCGCUUAUUUUCGAAACAUACAUAUUUCCAGAUACAAUUUUUUUUAAUGUUUGGAAACUUAAAACUUAUUUGUAAGAUAAUUAAACGAAAUGUUUAUUUAUUUUAGCUAUACAAGCUGUUACAGCCAUACAAAAAGAAAUCAAAACAAAUUGAACGAAAAAUAAAGUGUACUCUACUGUUAAUAUCAGAUUUUUCUAUUAAAAUCUGUUAUAGUUAAACAUAAACAAAAACUUAACUAAAUAAUUUGAAUAAAAGAUAAAGGAUACUCUAUAUUAGACUAUGGGAUGCAUAGUAAUUAUAAAAUGUAGAGCCACAGUUGUUAGGUGCCUAAAAUUUUUUUAUUAACAAUGAGAAAUAUUAAAAAAUGUUAAGUCUUAUAGUUUAAGCUAGAUGUUUGUGCUAAUAUUUUUUAUAUAAUUUUAUAUAUUAUUUCAAAAUUUGUCAAACUUUGCAUAGAAUAGAUUUUUGGUCUUGAAAAACAGCUAUAAAAAAGAGUAGUAACAUAACAACAUUAAAUUAAUAAUUAAUUUAAUAAUAAUAAUAUUAAUAUUAUGUAAUUACUAUUUAUUGAGUUAGAGUUCGAUAUUUUAUUUAUGUUUUAUUAUUAAAAGUGUAGUGUUCGUGUUUGUAGCUCUAUGUAUAAUUAGUAUAUAUAUAUUUAUGUUUAAACUACGCAUUCUGCCGAGACAUGCGCUUAUGUGUAUCCGCUUUACCGGAAAUGGGUGUACGAUAGAGAGCGCCCUCUCUUCUUUCUUUUCUUUCACCUCUGUAUGUUCCUGUUCCGCUCUGUACUCACAAGAGACAAAUUAUAUUUGAAUAAAGCUCUGUUGUAAGCAU